GAUAGGAAAAAUGGCUGCGAAUAUAACCAGCAUCUCUCCGUCGUCUGACUGCAACUUGAGCCGUCCAGUGGCAUGCAACAGAUGUAGAGGCCGUCGCACGUACUGCUCCAAGGAGCAGCCUAUCUGCUCAAGUUGCACUAAAGGCAAUCACGAGUGUAUAUACGAUUUCGAUCCCAAACUCGUGGUAUCACAGAGUUAUCUGCGAAACCUCCAAGCCAAGCUGAAGUCAUACGAGGCGGCAACGCAUCAGCCUUCGCUUGUCAGUGGGACCAACGACCCAGAGCUCGACGUAAACCCUCUCAUGGACAACUUCGCCAAUCUCGUCAUCAGCCCCUCUGGUAAACACCACUACCUUGGAAGCUCCUCGUCAACGAUUCUUGGUAGGAGAUUUCAAGAUAUCGUAGGCAUCACGAACCCUGGUUACGAUCUAAACCGAGAGUAUUCGACGUAUAACCAUUCUGCCCUGCGGUUGCGCCGCCUUUCGAUUGUCGACAACGUGAUGCUACCUCCUGCUGCUUUUGCAAAACGUCUGUACGUUGCUCAGCAUUCUUAUAUCGGAACAAUCUUCGCAUUCUGCACCCCUGAGGUUUUUGAGGAACAAUUGCAACAAGCAUACAAAGGACCUCCAGAUGUUGGUGAUAGAGAAGCCUGCCUCGCUUAUUGCCAAACACUCCUGGUACUGGCUUUUGGUCAGUUGUACUCCGUCAAUCAGUGGUCUGGUUUCGAUGGGCCCCCAGGCUUUGACUUUUUCACGCAAGCUUUGCAAUAUCUACCCGACAUUCACGAAGAAGGAUCCGUCCUAUUCGUAGGUGUCUUGGCCUUGAUCGGUUACUUCAUGCAGAAUCUCAAUCGUCGCGAUGCUGCCUUCUUGUACGUAGGCACUGCGUUGAGGAUGGCCAUAUCUCUUGCUUUACACCAAGAAACCAUCUACAGAAAAACACCCAAAAGCGGCUCGACGCUUAUCGCGUCCGUCUCGGAGAUCAUGACCGAUCUAUCUACAUGGCACCGAGACUUGCCCAACGAGCUCCGCUUCGACCCUGCGAAGCUGAGUGUAUCCCGAGAGUCUGUCUCGACACUCUUGCAUUAUCAUCAAUGCAUCAACCUCACUGCUCGACCUCUUCUCUUUCAUGUGGUAGAGAAGCGCCUACAUGGAAACGCUGGUGACCUUGGCAAAGAUUGGAAAGUCGGCUUAUCUCCAACGACCAUCGCUGUCAUCUGUCUUNNUUGUGUCUCGGCUGCGAAAGACUCCGUUACCAUGAUGACACAUGCUCAGAAAAUGGAUCUCGUCGCGACUUAUGGCUACAUGGAUGGUGAACAUGCCUUCUCCGCGGCUAUCGUUCUCGUCAUGGUUUGUGUUGCCUUCCCUGCCAGUAGAUCAGAGAUUCUUGCCAUGGAUCAAUCACUCGAGCUUCUCCGGAGCAUGGCUGAUAGAGGCAACACGCAUAUCGCCGCGAGACAUCAAUUGCUAUCUCACCUGCGCUCCUUGAUCUCGCUUUCAGCUGCUAACGUGACGUCGACGCCUCCUACUGCCCCAGUGCCCCAGCAAAACACGACAUUUGUGGACGUCGACCAAAUGCUCUCAUAUGAUGCUGGAGAUGUUGACUUUGGGCUCUGGGAGGAGGGCUACACGAAUCCCGAUCUUGACAUAGACUUUGGAGACUUGACACAAUGGACGCAGGCGGCACAGAAUACUUACGGUGUGGCACCGUUG